AUGACCACAGCAGUCAGUCAAGCUGAGACACAGCUCAACCUAUUGGAAAUGGAGGACCAGAGAUUAAAAGACAGCAGGCCAGCAGGGGAACCGAUGGAAGUCAGAGUGGAUGUGCAAUCUGAAGAUCUGAAUUCCACCCCAGGGGACACAAAGUCACUGAUUCAUGGCAGGGAUCCAAAAAAUGUCAACAAAUGUCUUAAGGUCACGUUUGAAGAUGUGAUUGCUGAGCCCUCUUCAGUGCGGAGCUUUGAUAAAGUGUGGCUGUGGAGUCACGCCCUGUUUGAGGUGUCCAGAUUGUGGUGCUACCGUUUCAUCUCACUCCUUCUCGCAGUGCCUGUUUCAUUGGCAGCAGGGCUCCUCUUUGCUGUGCUCAGCUGCCUUCACAUCUGGUUGAUCAUGCCCUGUGUGCAGCUCCUUCUUAUCAACAUGCACUGGGUCCAGACAGCAUGGGGCAACAUACUGAACAUUGUCAUCAGCCCCUUAUUUACCAGCACUGGAAAGUGCUGUGGUCAAAUCAUCAUCCAUCUGCCGCAAGAAAAGACAGACAGAAAAAUACACAACAACACAGUGUGA